AUGCAGUCAGACUCAGCCAACCCUGUGGCCAAAGUCUUCUUCAGGAUCAGGACCGAACUCAGAGGGGUAGGAGUCUGAUUUAGUGAUGGGUUGGCGCAAAAAAAAAAGAUGAUAUGAAAGCAUUUUGAUGAAUGAAUUUAUCAUUCUCUCUUUCCAUCUCUCUCGCUCUCGCUCUCUCUCUCUCUCUCUCAUUUACUCUUUAUAGAUCUGGUUAACGUUCAUGAGAUGUUUCAAUUACCCAGUCAGAGACAACACCAUCAAACUGGCCAUUGUGUGGUUCACACUGUCUUUUGGGUAAGAUUGUCCUCUUGACUCCACUCUGCUUAGUAAAUGAAGGUGUUGAAGUGUUGCUCUUCUCUCAGCAGUACUUAUCCCAGUUAUCAGUCUGACCCAGAUGAGUCUGUGUGUUCAUAAUGAAGUGUCUGACUCUGAGGUAUAGCCAGUGUCUCUCUGAUAUCCCUGUGAUGAAUGCUAACACAAUAACAGGGAAAGGGAUCGCCCAUCUAUACUGAACAAAAAUAUAAAUGCAACAUGCAACAAUUUCAAAGAUUUUACUGAGUUACAGUUCAUAGAAGUAAAAAUAAAAUAAUUAGGCCCUAAUCUAUGGAUUUCACAUGACAGGGCAGGGGCGCAGCCAUGGGUGGGCCUGGGAGGGUAUAGGCCCACCCACUGGGGAGCCAGGCCCAGCCAAUCAGAAUGAGUUUUUCCCCACAAAAUACAUAAGUACUCCUCAGCACCCCCCUCCCCCUCCUCAGACGAUCCCGUAAAUGAAGAAGCCAGAUGUGGUCCUGGGCUGGCGAGGUUACACAUGGUCUGCGGUUGUGAGGCCAGUUGUCUCUAAAGUGACGUUGGAGGCGGCUUAUGGUAGAGAAAUUCACAUUCAAUUCUCUGGUAACAGCUCUGUUGGACAUUCCUGCAGUCAACAUGCCAAUUGCAUGCUCCCUCAACUUGAGACAUCUGUGACAUUGUGUUGUGGGACAAAACUGCACAUUUUAGUGUGGCGUUUUAUUGUCUCCAGCACAAGGUGCACCUGUGUAAUGAUCAUGCUGUUUAAUCAGCUUCUUGAUAUGCCACACCUGUCAGGUGGAUGGAUUAUCUUGGCAAAGGAGAAAUGAUCACUAACAGGGAUGUAAACAAAUUUGUGCACAAAAUUUGAGAUAAAUAAUCUUUUUGUGCAUAUGGAAAAUGUCUGGGAUUUUUUUUUUCAGCUCAUGAAACAUGGGACAAACACUUUACACGUUUCAUUUAUAUUUUUGUUCAGUAUAGCUAAAGGAACCACUUAGCAUCAAUAAUACAUUGUUCUACUUUUCAAAUUAACAAAGUUGAAACAAAACAAGCUACAAUUAUGUAAUUUCCUGUGUGCAGGUACUACGGCCUAUCAGUUUGGUUCCCUGAUGUCAUCCAUCACCUUCAGUCUGAUGAGUACGCCUCCAGAGUGAAGACUCACAACAACGAACGCAUAGAAGACUUCACCUUUAACUUCACACUGGAGAACCAGAUACACACCAACGGAGUGUUCAUCAACGACAGGUACUGUGUCAGCAGGCACGCACACACACAUCAUUGGAGUCUUCAUCAAUGACAAGUAUUGUAACCAACAGACUCUCUUAAAGAGACUGUCUUUAAUGUGUUAAACAGGCUCUCUCAAAACCCCCAGUUUCUCCAGUGGGGAUAUAGUUAAAGUGGCCUAUCCCAUUCCAGGUUUGCAGUGUGAUCCGUCAUUCCCGUAAACAACACACCGUUCCCCGUAAUGUUCUUCCUUUAUCUACACCGCCACCAGGAAAUUAAAAAGCAUAAUCUCUCUCCCUCUCCUCCUCUCUACCGUUCCUUCUCUGUCUCUCUCUCUCCCUCCUUCUCCCCUCGCUUUCUCUCCCGCUCACUGCCGCUUCUCCUCUCACUCCUUCUUCGCCGCUCUUUCUCUCUCUCACUCCCUCUCUUCCUCUCUCUCUCUCUCUCUCUCUCUCUCUCUCUCUCUCUCUCUCUCUCUCUCUCUCUCUCUCUAUGGCAAGGUUAUUAUUCCCUCUUUCAGAGGCCAGAGGAGACACAUCAAUAUAUAUUUGUAUUAUGCUUCUCCUCUGUACCUUACCUAGGAAUACAACACGACACAACACACAUAUAUUAGAUUAGAUCAGAGACAGUAUUGUAAUACAUGAGCUGUAGGGAUGGAUAAGAGACAGGCAUGCUGGGAUAUAUCAGACACACAAUAUCACAGGAACAUGUUGACGUACUACACCCCUUACAUUAGAAACCUUGGUUACAGUGGAACGGAAAACAAUCAAUUAGAGUUGUAAUACGUGAGAGAUUAAUUUAGUUCAUCUCAACACUGUGUGUGUGUGUGUGUGUGUAUGUGUGUGUGCACUUGUGUGUGUUUUUUGUAUAUCAGCAAUACUGGCCAGUGGAUAUGCGUUGCGUCUCUGUUUUGUAAAGUCUUUAAUCAGUCCAGCCCAGCCCAGUCCAGUUCAACACGUUUCCUUAUCUCGUGGAUAGAAAGGGCUGAGUCAACGUAUAGGCCAGGCUUGGCUCCUAGCUAGUGGUCUCACACCGCUGGCUGCUGGAGUGGAUAUCAUAAAUCGUUUAUUUGCCUGAUCACAAUCUCAGCUCCUCGGCUUUGUGUGUGUAGACCAUAAAUAAGUGUUGAAGGUGCAAUUGAGUUUUUUUCCUUUGCUGCAUUCUUCUUUUUUCUUCUUUUCUUCUUUUUUUAUUUUCUUCUCUUCGUCUCCUCACCUCUCCUCUCCUGUCCUCCUCUCAUAUCCGGCUCUCUAGGUUCAUCAGCAUGAAGUUGAGGUCCGUCACCUUCAUAGACUCUACGUUUCAGAACUGUUACUUUGAUGAUGUGUCAACAGUAGGCUCAAUAUUCAAGAACUGCACCUUCGUAGAAGCCUUCUUUUAUAACACAGGUGAGAGUACACACACACACUUGGUUAUUUACUUGAAAUGUAACUCACGUCUCUUCCUCACAGCAACUGUGUUAUAGAUGAGGUGUCCCCCUGCCUAGCCUCUCAUAAAACUCUAUUAUGCUUCGGACAUAACUCUCUUCCUCGCCUUUCUCUCUGCUCUCUCUCUCUCUCUCUGCUCUUUCUCUCUGCUCUCUCUGCUCUUUCUCUCUGCUCUCUCUCUCUCUCUCUCUCUCUCUCUCUCUCUCUCUCUCUCUCUCUCCCUCUCUCUGUCUCUGCUCUUUCUCUCUCUCUCUCUCUCUCUCUCUCUCUUCUCUCUCUCUGUGUCUGUCUGUCUGUCUGUCUGUCUGUCUGUCUGUCUGUCUGUCUGUCUGUCUGUCUGUCUGUCUGUCUGUCUGUCUGUCUGUCUGUCUGUCUGUCUGUUUGUCUGUCUGUCUGUCUGUCUCUCUCUCUCUCUCUCUCUCUCUCUCUCUCUCUCUCUCUCUCUCUCUCUCUCUCUCUCUCUCUCUCUCUCUCUCAGACACCUCAUUAUCUGUAUUGUGCCAGAGACAGGUUGUAGAGGAGAGUGAAGAGUGGGGUUAGGCAGUUAUAGCUUUCCUUUACACCAGUGAAUUGCAGCUCAACCUCUCUUCCCCUGCUGAGUUUGCCUCUUUGCUUCCUAUUCACUGUGCUGAAUAAAGAAACCGAGCCGUGCGUACCACCUACAAUAGUAUUGCAAUGAUCGUUACACACACAUAGGCUCCUGCAGCAUUAAGUUCAAUUCUAUUUGAUAGAGGAUCACCAAAUGAAAUAUUGUGCUCUAAAGUAAAUGGGAGGGAAGGAAAGAUAUCCUUUCUAAUUUGUCUUGACUUCACACAGACCAAUGCACGUUGUAAUGUCAUCUCAAUGUACACUUGGUUAACGCUCACAGUUCUUGGUUAACGCUAUCUUAUAAUACUGUUUAUGACAUAUGUUAUAUCAUUGUUAUGACUGUGUUACGUAGCUCUUAUGAAGUAAGGUUCAGGUGGCGUACAAUUUAAUUAUAAGAGGACCUGACUAAUGGUUGAACCAGACGACCCCUCCAGGAAAGACAGUGUUUCUGAGGGAGUAGUGAAUUGGGGGGACUGUAAACAGUUGCGGUGCAGUUCAGCUAACACAGGUUUAGAAACGGUUCCCCCUCAGCCUAUAGGAAACAGCUGAACAUGAAAACAAUCUGGGCGUGUCAGCUUGGUGCAAAAGCCACAUGGGAAAUGUAGUCUUACUGCCUCUAGCAGUGACACUGCUAGGGGGAUGGAGGGAAAGGGGAGAGAGAAAGAGGGAGUGAGAGAUGAAGAGAGAGAGGUAAAGAGAGGGCAGAGUGUUUGCUGCCUCUGUCUCUUUUAUGUGUAUUAAUAGCUUUUCAAUCAGGGGGGAGUUAUCCCUGAAAGACCUGGGAUGUUUUUGCAGACGGACCAUAUUUUUGACCCCCUUCCCACCCCCUGUUCGCCUUUCCCUUCAUCAAGAGAAGUUACUGAGGCGAAGAGGCAGGGUGAUACCAUUUGUGAACGAUAGGGGGCAAACUUUAGUUAAUAAAGAGUUACAGGCCUACUGAGCAGCCUUAGAUAAUAGGUUCAACCACAGCACAAAGUUCACCUGCCAGACAAAAAGCACAGAAAGGAGUCAAAUUAGUCCACUUAUUUAAUUAUCUUUGUCUACAUGUCUUUCUCUCCAGAUAUUGACGAUUCUAAGCUGGUGGGGUCAAGGGUGAUCAACAGUUCAUUCCAUCACAACAAAACGGGCUGUCAGAUGACCUUUGACGACGACUACAGCGCCUACUGGGUCUACUUUGUCAAUUUCCUGGGGACGCUCGCCGUGUUGCCCGGCAACAUAGUCUCCGCCCUCCUCAUGGACAAGAUAGGGCGCCUGAGCAUGCUGGGUAGGACUGUUUAAAUUGUACUCGUUUUUGAAAUUCUACUUCAUACAGAGUAUGACUUUGGAACUCAGACAGAGUUUCAAUUGUAUGACUGCCCCACUGGAGUUUUACAUUGCUAUGAAAGGAAAUAAAAAAUUCAGCACCAGAAAUAGUAUGUAUUUGUAAUCUGUUAUCAAAUGAUAUAUCUCAAUUAGCUAAGCUAAACAAUAGUACAUGCCAUAACAGUACAAAGUCAGUUGUCAUAAGCUGACAUGAACAGUCUUUGUUUUAAGACAGUGUUAUGUAGGCCUUAUGACAGCAUGUUCAAAUAAAGUCAUAGAGAAAUACCAAUGGUUGCCCUACACAGGCGCCACACGACGUGUAAAAGGCUUUACCACCAAUCACUCACAGACUGUACUUCGUCUUGAGUUGAGAUUUUACUGUAAAAUAUGGGCAUUCAUUUAUUUAUUUGUUUGUUUAUUUAUUAAUUUGUCUAUCAAUAAUGUAAUAAUGUUAUUUGUUGUGUCACUGCUGUGCUAUCUUGUACUUCAAACCAAAAUGGCAAGAAGUCCCAGUACACUUCAUAAAAAUGUAAAAAAAAAUAUCUCGUGUUGUGUUGUGAUCUGAUGUGUAAUAGCAUAUUUUGUCCUCCAGGGGGCUCCAUGGUGCUGUCAGGCAUCAGUUGUUUCUUCCUGUGGUUUGGUACCAGUGAGUCUAUGAUGAUCUUCAUGCUGUGUCUCUAUAACGGCCUCAGUAUAUCGGCCUGGAACUCCCUGGAUGUAGUCACUGCUGAGCUCUACCCUACAGACAGGAGGUGGGUAGAACACACACACACACACACACACACACACACACACACACACACACACACACACACACACACACACACACACACACACACACAGCCACACAUACCCUGACUCUCUCCUCUCCUCCUCUCCUCCUCUCCUCAUCUCCUCCUCUCCUCCUCUCCUCCUCUCCUCCUCUCCUCCUCUCCUCCUCUCUUCUCUCCAGGGGUACAGGCUUUGGCUUCUGUAAUGCCAUGUGUAAGCUGGCAGCGGUGCUGGGGAACCUGAUCUUCGGCUCUCUGGUUGGCAUUACUAAGGCCAUCCCCAUCCUGCUGGCGUCGGCUGUACUGGUAGGAGGAGGACUGGUGGGGCUACGGCUGCCUGACACACGCGGCAAUGUCCUCAUGUAG